UUGAAGUAUUGCCGGAGUUUUCCUUGGAUGAGUGAAGGAGCACUUUGGUAGCGUCCAUCAGCACUUGAGCCCAACUUGUAUAAAGAGUAAAAGAGCAGAGGAUGAGCAGCGCAGAGAGACGUUGGUUCGGUGGUGUAGAGCGACUGAGAGAGGAUUUUUUGUCCGCAGCUGUCAUGGAGCACACAGAGGUGGUGAAGCCUCAGAGUCUGCAGGAACUCAUCGCUGUCCUCCACCGCAUCUUCUCAGGGGAUGAGGUGAACGUCGAGGAGGUGCAGAGCAUCAUGGAGUCCUAUGAGAGCAACCCGCAGGAGUGGAUGAAAUACGCCAAAUUCGACGAGUUCAGGUACACCAGAAAUCUGGUGGAUGAGGGCAAUGGGAAGUUCAACCUCAUGGUGCUCUGUUGGGGUGAAGGCCAUGGCAGCAGUAUCCAUGACCACGCAAACUCCCACUGCUUCAUGAAGAUGCUGCAGGGCCAGUUGAAGGAGACCCUCUUCGAGUGGCCUGACAGCAAGUCACACGGCAGCAUGAAGCCCAAGUCUCAGAGAGUGCUGCAGGAGAACCAGUGCGCCUACAUCAGUGAUUCCAUUGGCCUGCAUCGGGUUGAGAAUGUGAGCCACACGGAACGAGCUGCCAGCCUUCACCUCUACAGCCCCCCUUUUCAGCUCUGUCAGACCUUUGACCAGCGGACAGGUCACAAGAACACGGUGAAGAUGACUUUCUGGAGCAAAUUUGGAGAACGGACCACCUUCGAGACCACAGUUUCGCAAGAAAACAACUAAAGAUGUUAUGACGUCACGGAAAGCAGCGUUGGAAAUUAGUGAAAUUUUUUAGGUAAAAAAAAAAAAUGAGAGCUAGUGAAAAGACGGUCUGAAAAGGACAUGCCAGUAAUUAGAGCAGCUUUAACAUCACGGCCCAGUGUAAGCUUGGCAAGUUCUGAUGAUUACAGGGGGACUGUGUGAAUAGCGGCAUUAGGUGCAGUCAUGGAAUGAAUCUGCUCAUUGUCUGUUAGGCCAGAGAAAACCCCUCUCGACCAUAACAGCAUUCCUAUCCGCCUGUGACCUGUGUAAUUACAUUUUUGUACUACAGCAGCAGAUAAAAAGGGUGUAACGUGAUUAAAAACAGGACGAGAUUCUGACCACAGCUACAGCUGCACCGUAAACAAUGAUCUGGAAGAAUUCUGUAAUGAAUAUUAUUUUACACAAAAUGUAGCACUUUUUUCUGUUGCAAAUGUAUUGAUUCAUUAUAUAUAUCCUAAAUUGCCUUUUACAUUUGUCUGAAUUGUGUAGACGUUGCUUGUAUGUACAUUCACUUUAGAAAUGGAAAUUAGAAUGCUUAGAAACCUUUUUAUUUGUAAUAUGUUAGAAAAUUAAGUACCGGUAAUUUAUUGU